AUGGCCAUGCUCGCCUGCGGGUUCCAAGACGCGAAUGCAAUUGCUCAGGCGACUUACACGGUGACCAGGCUCCUCAGAGCGCGGAAGGAGCUCCGGUUGGCACGGAAGUACGUCCGCUCAGCAGUCGCCCGCGUGGAGGAGCUUAUGGGGACUUUGAUGCAGCAGUCUGGAAGCGGCAUGGACCCCUGCCUCACAGCGUCUCUGGAUCCUCUUCCAUAUCUUUUGGAAGAAGAAACCUUCCGAGACAGCGAGCGACAGGAAACUCUUUUCUCCCGCAAAUCGUCUGCUGGCGCGGUUCUGCGCACACGACGAGGAGCCUACAGUGAUAACGGCUUUGCCAAUUUCGAUGGCGACGGGAAGAAGUACACAAACGAAGAAGAAAGAGGGAAAAGCCUUCGUCAGGAAAAGAAGUGGGGACAGUUCGUCCUCCAGUGUGCCAGCCUGCUCGUCAUGCUCUACGACCUCAGUCUCAAACUCGAUCUGGAGCUGGGUGAGCAGCCUGAGAGCGAAGACCGGCCAAUCGCUUCUAAAGAGAAAGGCGUGAGGGCCGAAGAUGCCGCAAAAGCGGAGCAGACGCACGCGGAGAAACUGAUGCGCCGUCAGCUUCAAGAAAUGGGAAACUUGGAUUUGUCUCCUCUAGAAAACCACUUGCUGUUGAGUCUGGGGAGCAAUCCAUAUCGCCUUUGUCUGUUUUGGUGUCAGCUGUCGGAGAGUCGCCGAGUCAACGCACAGCAGAUUCUCUCUUUCGCGGUUCGGGAACUCGAGAGCGCCGUGGCGACGGAGAAAAAGCUCGUGCAUGCAGGCUGGCUUUACCAGACAGACGACCCCGCCGCCACACCCACGACGUCUCGCCCGCCGACCCUCGUCGGUCGUUCCUGCACCUCUCUGUCACUUUCCAUGCCAGCGACGCGGAAAAACGUCAUGUCUCAGGACGCAUUCAUCACCUUAUUUGGAGGGAAAAAAGCUGGGUCGGGAAUCUCAGUCACCAAACUCCACACCGAACUCCUCCACACGGGCGUCCGACACCCGCCACAUGGCAUCGUUCACAUCUCAGGUCUCACUCCCAACACCAAGUACCACUUUGCAUGCGAAGAGCACAUCGACUCAAGGAAAAGUCUGCCGCUGAGUGAAACAACGCCGGAUUUCGGCACCUACUACCCUCUCCCGAUUCCUCUGCUCUGGUUGCACAUAUUACGUUCCGCGCAGAAGCUUGGCAUCAAGAACAUCACCAAGAUUUGCUGGGAAAAGCUGUGGAGCCUCUUUUGUGAAACAACGCGCGUCAGUCCGACAGCAAGCGGCCAUACACUCUGUCACUUCAAGCCCUUUAUUGCAGAGCGGCAGUCUCCCUACGUCCUCGAUGCGCUUGCCCAGGCCAUCUGUGCCAAGUACGCCCGAGUGCCCCUCAACACGAGCCUUUCUGGGUCUCAGCAAGAAGGCCGACGAGAACAGGAGAGGCGGCAACAUCGCGCGAGUCGCGUGUUGAUUGCUGUGGAAGCGUCGAGUAUCGCAUGCAACUAUACGUAUCUGUUCUGCGCAGUGGCGGCCUACGACGCUUUGCUGCGGCCGCUUCUGUGUCUCCACACGCUACCGCCUUUUCUUCUCGACGGACUCGUCAAAUGCUUGGUCGCCAUGGAAGGUGUGCCACGAACAGCUUGGCAUCCUCGAGGCAGGGCGCUCUUCGGCCUCCUCACCUCGCGGCUUCUUCUCAUUCAGACGCAGAGUCUCCAGGCAAGAAGACCCAGAAGGGCAAGGGAACGGGACAAAGAGGAGAGAAGAGCAAAGAAAAAAAGAAGCGGAGAAAGAAUCACCCCGAAGCGAAAGAAAGGAGAGAGGCGUACCGUCAGCGAGGGGCCGACGAAGGCGGCGACAGACGAUGACGCACAGACAGCACACACCAGAAGAGAGGACGUGCCCCAGAUAGGGCGACAGUGA